AUGUUUCGAUGGGGUAUCCGUGGGUUCUCUUUGAAGGCGAUGCCGCCAUCAAUGCGUCCAAAAAAGCAGUAUAAGAAGAAAAAUCACUUUAUCACGGCAGGCCUUCCACUUGUUCUUUUUAUUGUUGGUGGUUACGUGGCAUUGACGCAGUUUGUUGGUGGUAAAUAUGAAGCAAGGGACCAUCUCGUGAAAAGUCAAUCCGAGCACAAAUUUAAUUUGGAAGAAGAACACAAGAAAAUGACGGCAAAGUUGGCUUUUGAUGAUUUUGAGCUAAAACCUGUACCUCGACCAAAAGAUUCUUAA